AUGUCGGAAUUUGGUAAAGCAGGUGGUGGUGGUCUACAAAGUUCACAAUAUGAUAAUAUAGAUAGAAGAGAAAGAUUGAAACAGAUUGCCUUAGAGACUAUAGAUAUAUCGAAAGACCCUUAUAUUAUAUCGAAUCAUCUUGGUUCCUACGAUUGUAAACUAUGUUUAACUGUACAUAAUAAUAUUGGUAACUACUUGGCUCACACACAAGGAAAGAAACAUCAAACCAAUCUUGCGAGACGUGCUGCAAGAGAUCAACGUGAAAAUCCAAACAAAACUACUUUUGCUCCAAAAGCUAGAAUACAACCAAAGAAAACAAUAAAGAUUGGUAGACCGGGUUAUAAGAUUAUCAAACAGAGAGAUCAAGAGACAGGUCAGUUAAGUUUACUUUUUCAAAUCGAUUACCCAGAGAUAGAGCAUGGGUUGCAACCUAGACAUCGUUUUAUGUCGUCGUUUGAGCAGCGUGUAGAACCAUCGAAUAAAGACUUUCAAUAUCUAUUGUUUGCAGCGGAACCCUAUGAAACCAUCGCUUUUAAGAUACCAAACAAAAAGAUAGAUAGAACAACAGGUCCAGAUGGUAAAUUCUUUACUCAUUGGGAUCGUACUCAUUUAACUUUUACCGUAAGUACACUUUGCUAA